GCCUAAUUGAAGGUCCGUUUAAUGGCGUAUGCUUCUCAUAUUAGACUUAAGUUAAGGCCCGUUUGAUAAGAUAUUUAGGCCCAUUAACAGCCCAAGUGUUAAUCAAAGUCUAACUUGUUACUCAAGAGUGCUUGUCUACGGGAGCUAAAAAGGAACUGGGAAGAGUUUGUUUCUUCGAUUCGUAGAUCAAUUCUCAGCUGACAUUGAGGUUUAUCUCAGAUCGAAAUCGAGAAGAAGAUGUUUCUCACUAGGACUGAGUAUGACAGAGGAGUCAAUACAUUUUCUCCUGAAGGUCGUCUCUUUCAGGUUGAGUAUGCCAUUGAAGCUAUCAAGCUUGGUUCUACUGCUAUUGGUGUAAAGACGAAAGAGGGAGUUGUUCUUGCAGUCGAGAAGCGUAUUACUUCGCCUUUACUGGAGCCGAGUAGUGUUGAGAAGAUUAUGGAAAUUGAUGACCAUAUAGGUUGUGCUAUGAGUGGUCUGAUUGCUGACGCGCGAACACUUGUUGAGCAUGCACGAGUAGAGACCCAGAACCACAGGUUCUCGUAUGGUGAGCCAAUGACUGUAGAAUCUACAACACAAGCUUUGUGUGAUCUUGCUUUACGGUUUGGUGAAGGAGAGGAAGAGUCAAUGUCUCGUCCAUUUGGAGUAUCCCUUCUCAUUGCUGGGCAUGAUGAAAAUGGACCGAGCCUGUACUACACAGAUCCAUCGGGAACAUUCUGGCAAUGCAAUGCAAAGGCAAUUGGGUCUGGCUCAGAAGGAGCUGAUAGUUCUCUCCAAGAGCAAUUCAACAAGGAUAUAACUCUUCAAGAAGCUGAAACAAUAGCUGUAUCUAUCCUAAAGCAAGUAAUGGAAGAAAAGGUGACUCCAAACAAUGUCGACAUUGCCAAAGUCGCACCAGCUUAUCACCUCUACACUCCUCAGGAGGUUGAAGCCGUCAUCAGUCGUCUAUGAAGAAAUAAACCGCCAUUCUCUUCCUGUUAUCUUACCUUGUCUGUUCGGUAAUUUAUCAGGCUUCUGUCUGCUUCCGGUUCUCUAAACCAAAAAUUAGUUUCGUUUAAUCAGAUAAUGGAUUUUAUCGAGUUGAGUUUUAUUGAGCUUUCUAUCUACAUUUUUUUGUCGUUUUCAACAAGAAGUUAAAACUAAUAAAUAUCUGUCCAAAAGAAAAAAUCAGAACUUGAA